AUGGCAGGUCUGAAAGACGAUGAAUGCAGAACAAAAUUCCGCCAACGCGUGUCUAUUCAUGUUGGAGUACGGACCAGGAAGAAGCUUAGCGAUGUGAAUUCCUUCACAAAGUGCAUCCAAGACGCUGCAAAGGAAACGCUCUCGGUUCUGUUGCCGCGGAAGAAGUUUGCCUUCGCAUCUGCGGAAACGAAAUCCACGUACAAUUCUGUAUGUGUCGCGCGCAGCGCUGGUGACUUCAACCAGGAAAAGCGUCUUAGAAGGAAGCUGCGUCGUCAACUGCAACAAGACCGCGAUAACGAGUGGACGUCAAGAGCGAUGAAGUUUGAGAAGGCGUGGGAGGACAAGAACCCGCGGAAAGCCUAUGCACUACUAAAACAGUAUAGUGGCAAAAUGAAAAGAUGUUCUCCUGUCCUCAACACUGCCAAUGGAGAGGCUGUCGGUGAAGCAACCCUUCCAAUUUGGAGGGAACACUUCAAGACCUUGCUGAACCGGCAAGCGCCGUCAGCUCCUGAACUCGGGAAUGUUCAUAGACCGACAUAUGCGGUUAACGAGGAGCCACCGACCGAGUCGGAGGUUUUAGUCUGUAUUCAAAAAAUGAAGAAUGGAAAAUCUGGUGGAGACGACUGGAUUAGCGCAGAAAUGCUAAAAUAUCUUGAGAUGACAAAGAUCAUCAUCAUUCAAUAUGGAUAG